GGCAGCGGCGGCGGCGGAGGAGGAGGCGGUGGUGGAGGAGGCGCGCGGCCUGGAGGAGGAGGAUGGAGGAGCAGCCGAAAGAGGGCGAGGCCGAGGUCGCGGAGCACUGGUUCUCCAAGUGGGAGCGCCAGUGCUUGGACGAGGCCGAGCAGGACGAGCAGCUGCCCUCAGAGCUGCCGGAGGAGGCGGCCGCCGAGGCGGCAGGGCUCAAGAGCGAGCAGCAGAGGCUCUGGCACCUCUUCCAGAUCUCGGCCACCGCGGUGGCCCAGCUCUACAAAGAUUCCGGGUGCCAACAGCCAGGACUGUCUAUGUGGGACCCCUUCCAGAAUGCAGCCAUGGCCGUGACCAGCCUCUACAAAGAGAGUGGAGAUGCCCACCAACGAAGUUUUGACCUGGGAGUCCAGGUUGGCUACCAGCGUCGCAUCAAAGAUGUGCUGGAGUGGGUGAAGAAGGGCCGGAGCACCAUUCGCCGCGAAGACCUGAUUAGCUUCCUAUGUGGCAAAGUGCCCCCUGCCCCUCCCCCGCCGCGCACCCCUAGGAUGACCCCGAAGCCACCCUCUGGGGCCGCUAGCCAAGCUGCGGCCACCGAGUCCAGCUCUUCGGUUGACGUCGACCUGCAGCCUUUCCACGAGGCCAUUGCCCUGCAUGGCCUCAAUGGCGCCAUGGCGAGCAUCAGCGUGCGAUCUGGCGCGCCUGGUUCCCCACCUCAAGACAGCGGUAUGGCCAGCAGUGGGCGACGAAAAAGUAGUUUCCUCGAGGAUGACCUGAACCCCUUUGGCUCCGAAGAACUAGCCCUCCACCUGGACAGUGGGGGGAUCCGCAAGCGCACUUCGGCCCAGUUCGGUGAUGGUAUCACAGACUCCCCGUCCCACAAGCGCAACCGAAUGGUCUAAACUGCCUCGAUGGUCUCCAUCCACCAUAUUGCUUGAGAGCCAACUCGACCUUCAAUUGCUCGUGGGAGGAUCCUGGAGGCCAUCCUUCUUCUCUAAGUUAAACAAAGAUUUCUAUUAAGUUUACCAUAAAGAAACUUUAAAAGUAUUCCAGAAGAGGCCUCUCGUAUGACUCUGACUUUCCAAAAAUAUAAUUCUAUUAGAGUACAACAAAAAGUACGCAGUAGUUAGCAAGAUCAUUUAAAGCAAAAGUAUCCAGUCAGGGCGGGAGCCUGGUUUAUCUUGUUCACAGUUAUAUUCCUUAGCAUCUAGCUCAGUUGCUGGUGCUCAAUAAAUGUUUGUUGAAUGAA